AUGGCUCCUGCACUCACCGUCCUAUUGCCAAUACUAGCCGCUAUCAACCCGCUUCUCUGCAGUGUUGGUGCGACGCCCGUUGAUGGCAGGACUAGUGCCACCGGGCAGGUUAUCCUGGGGGAGGUAGACACUCCCAACCUCACCUUCACAGUCGACGACGACACAAUCACCCUCCCCAACACCAACACAGAAAUACAAACGACAUCCCCACCCACCUGGUUCGAAUCCACCCUCCUCGCGCGGCGCCUCCUCGCCCUAUCGAAAACAGGCUCCAUCUCAAGCACAUUCCCGUCGUCCCACCCCCACGCAGGCCUCCCCAUCACCCUCCCAGAAUACAUCGCGGACUGCUCAGACGACGACGACGGGAACCCCACCGUCCUCGCCCUCCCUGUCUCGACCAUAGUGCGGAACGCAGCAGCGGGGUCGAACCUGUCCCUCUCGCUGGACUGGUGGAGUCACGUUGGCUCCGCGCCGCCUGUGUUUCCGGGGUUUCCGCCGUCGGAGGCGGGGUUGCCGCGUGUCACGCUUAUCGGGUAUUUAGAACGACUGGAGCUGAGGACGGAGGAGGAGGAGGACGGUGUGAGGGGUUGCUUUUUGGAGAAACAUCCUGAUGCGAGGGCUUGGGUGCCUGGGAAGAAGGGGGCCCCGCAUGAGAGUUACUGGGCGAGGUUGGUUGUGGAGGGGGUCUAUUGGGUGGGUGGGUUUGGGGGAUUGCAGCAGAUUGGGUGGGUUGAUUUGGGGGGGUGGAGGGGGGUGAGGAAGGAUGGGAAUGGGAGUGGGAAUGGGGAUGGGAGGGGGUGGGGGGAUGUUAGGUUGCCUGGGGAGUGA